UGGAAAGGCAGGAAGAGUGGGCCUGCCCAUCGCCGCCUCAGAAAGUGCUUGCUGCGGGUUCUUGGAAACGCCGUAGUACGGGACCUCGGGCCGUGGGCGGGGUCCUUGGACGGGACCCCAGAGUCCCCUCCCGGGGACUGGCUUUCUGGCCGUGAACGCUGCCAGUAGACCCUGACUGGUUAGAGACACUCCUUCAAACCCCCCUAGGAAGCCCCCUCCCUGGGCGGGGCAAGGACCCCGGCUUAGGCCUCUGGUAUCUCUUGUCACCUCCGGGUUCCCUUGUCCCUAAGGGCCUAUGUCCCUGGCAGCCGCCACGACGGCACCUCUGUCGGAAGAAGGAGAAGUGACCUCCGGCCUCCAGGCUUUGGCCGUGGAGGAUACCGGAGGCCCCUCUGCCUCCGCCAGCAAGGCUGAGGACGAGGGGGAGGAAGGCCAGGAGGAGGCCGAACGGGGGGGAUGUGGGGCGGAGGAGGUGCCAGGAGAAGCCCGGAGCGCUGCUGGGGAGGAGGCAGCGGAGGGAGAAGCCGAGGACUGGUGCGUGCCCUGCAGCGACGACGAGGUGGAGAUGCCAGCGGAAGGGCAGGCCUGGAUGCCCCCGCCUUCUGAAAUCCAGCGGCUCUAUGAACUGCUGGCUGCCCAUGGCACCGUGGAGCUACAAGCCGAGAUCCUGCCCCGUCGGCCACCCACUCCCGAGGCCCAGAGCGAAGAGGAGAGAUCAGAUGAAGAGCCGGAAGCUAAAGAGGAAGAGGAGGAAAAACCACACAUGCCCACGGAAUUUGACUUUGAUGAUGAACCGAUGACACCCAAGGACGCCCUGAUUGAUCGGAGACGCACGCCAGGGAGUUCAGCCCGCAGCCAGAAGCGGGAAGCCCGCCUGGACAAGGUCCUCUCAGACAUGAAGCGACACAAGAAGCUAGAGGAACAGAUCCUUCGCACUGGGAGGGACCUCUUCAGCCUGGACUCGGAGGAUCCCAGCCCUGCCAGCCCCCCACUUCGGGCCUCGGCCAGCAGCCUCUUCCCCCGGCAGCGAAAAUACUGAUUGCUGGCCACUGGAGCCUAGACAAUCCUGCAAGGGGGUGCCGGGAAGGCCCACACAGCUCCUUGCAGGAGAGGGGGCAUGUGCUGUUUGUUUUGUUGUUGAACAUGGACUCUAGGGGCCUGAGCUAAAAUAAAAGAUGCAGUGUUCCUGUCUCCUUGAGAUAGCUGAAGCGGAGAGCCCACAUGGAAAAUUAAAGCCA